AUGGCUGGCACAACUACUGCCAAUAUUAAACCAGUAAAAACACUUAAAUAUCUUGGCGUGAUUUUUGACCCUCGGUUGAGCUGGAUGCCACAUCUCGAGCAGUUAAAGUCCGAUGUCGACAUCUUUUACAACAAAAUGAAACAGUUCAGUAGAGCCACCUGGGGCUUGUCCCCAAACAUUCUUAAACAAAUUUAUCUCCGAGCUAUUGAGAAAAAAAUCACUUACGGAGCCUCUGUAUGGUAUAAAAAUAACGUGAAAAUUAAUAAGAAGUUGAACUCCAUACAGCGCAUCCCCCUUCUAAAUAUCACCAAAUGCUACUCCACCACCAGCACAGAGGCUCUCCAAAUUCUUGCUGGUAUUCCCCCCAUCGACCUAAAAAUUAGACAGACUUGUACUAUAAAGAAACAUCGGUGGACGCGAGAUAAGCAAAUCAUUUUCGAUAGCGACUUCCAAAUCAAAGAACUAGAUGCCUUACCGAUAGAUACCCCAGUACACCAUAAUCCCUUGGAUCUCAAGAUGAUAGAAAGGGGCUACAGCUCACCGAGGGGUGUGGGUUAUGAAAUCUAUACAGACGGCAGUAGAAGACAAAUAACAAAUUCGGAUACAGGGUUGACCGAGGAUAGAGUGGGCUGUGGUUUCUUGGUGAAGCUUAAUAACAACACCAUUUAUCAACACUGUGCUAGACUUAAUAACGAUGCAAGUGUAUACCCCGCCGAACUCACUGCCAUCAAACUUGCAAUCACAUGGGCAAACGCUGAAAAUAUUAAUGCAUUUAAUUUAUUCUCUGAUUCUAAAUCCUCGCUGCAGUCGCUAGAAAACCCAAAUCCGAAUGACCCACUUGUGGAAGAAAUUAAGAACAUGGUCAAAUAUAAAACAUGCUGUCUCAACUGGGUAAAGGCACAUUCUGGGGACAUUGGCAACGAGGAAGCUGAUGCACUUGCCAAACAAGGCACUCUUCUUGGCGGGGUUGAUCACUAUUAUCCUCUUUCAAAACCACAAAUCAAUUACAGACUGAGGCAGGUAAGCAACGCAAUUUGGCAGGACAGGUGGUCAACCACAACAAAUGGGAGACAUACCUAUAUCUUCUACCCAAUGGUCAAGGAGAAUAGACUCUCCAGCGAUUUCUUUCUUAAUCAAUUUCUCACGGGUCACGGAGUUUUCGGCGAGCAUCAAGCUAGGCUAUUCCAAGCUACAGCCAGCUGUAAAUACUGUGGAAAAUAUCAAUCUCUUAAACACCUAAUCGCCGAAUGUGACAAAUUCCGGACACUCCGAGGAAAUCUCUUUCGUAAUAUGAACGACUUGACUCUUUGGUUCCGAUCUAAAGCACAAAAAUAUGCUAUCACUGAGAUUAUUAAACGUACCCUGGUAGAUAUAAUGACACCAGACGAUCUCAUGGACCCUCUUCAUAUGAAUCAAAUUUAG